GACGGUAAACAUGUUGCGUCCUACUCCUAAACAGUUUAAUAAAUAAUUAACAAGACAAAAUAACACUUGUCGUAUUAUUUAUUGUUAUAAAUUGUUAACAAUCGUUAGCAACACACAGUGAUAAUAUUUAAAUUGUUUUAGUGAGUGAAUAAACAUUUUUUAAGUGCAGAAACAUCUAGAACCGUCGGAUCCGUAUUGACUAAAUUUCUAGUGCUACUUUUUUUUUCUCCACUAAAUUUUUUUGUGUUUAUUGUUAUAUUAAAUCAGUGAAUUAAUCAAUUUAUUGAUAUUUAAACAUUAAUUCAAUUAAUUUAAGUUAUUUUGUGAAUUAAAUCAGUGGAUAUUAUUAUUUGAAUAAUAAUAAUAGUGAUACAAGGCAUAACCUCUCUUUAAGUUCGACCAGCCGGCGCCCACAAUUAAAGGGAAUAUCACCGAAGCUUCGCUACGUAGUUUACGUUUUUUUACUUUUCAUUUUUUAAUUUGAAUUUUAAUUAUUUUUGGUUAUUAUAUUCACUUGUUAACGCGUUUUGUUUCAAGAUUUUAUUUAAUAAUAAUUAAUUUAAAAUUUUGAAUUUAAAAAAAAGUUUUGAUAAAAUAUUGUGACGUUUAAAGUUAACGACGAAAUGAUAUUUAAAUAUAUGACAAUAGUGUCAUUAAUAAGCUUUGAAUAAUUAUUAAAACUUGAAUGUUAUUGACACGUGUAUAAUUAAAUAGUGAUAAAGAUGUAGACCACCGACGGUUAAAAGUUUUGACGAGGGAUAUUGUCCCGAGCAUACGAUUUGUCGUCUAAUCAAACCAGAGCCCGGUUCAUUUGUUUUGUUUUUUUUUUUUUUUAAUUUAUAUUUGGGUUUUUACUUUUGGUUUAAUCAUUGGAAAGGAAUUACGUGUGGUUCUGGGCUUAUGGAUAUAAAUGCGAGUGAGUUUAAGUGGGAGUGUGAGAAAAUUUGGUAAAUAAGUAAAUAGUUUUUUUAAAAAUAUAAGCUGAUGGUGAAACUGGCAGUGAAUUUUAAAACAACUGAGGAUAAGUCUGUAAUUCCUCUUUUAUUAAAGCGGGAUGAUAUCCCGCAUUAUUAAAAUAUCAAUCGCCUAAUCAUCACAGUGGAGUUCUGUUUUAUUGCUGCCUCGGGAGGGGGUGGUCCAAUGUUGGUCCCUCCCGUGGCCCAAGGGGGAACUGGCAGCCGCCAGGUUGGCGAUCCCGGGGUUCGGAGUGCACAUAACUCCGUCCCUGGUACAGCCACAGCUUUGUGGCCCCUUGCGCCUGCACAUACUAAUCUACCAGGGAAUCAUCAGUCCCAAGCAACGCCACCCUUAGCUGCCACCCCUGGACCACCACACAAUCAAGGCAUUAAUCGAUACGAGCUGUAUUCCUUAUUUCCAGGAAGUAACGGGGGUAGUUAUGUGGCAACAACACCAGCCACCCCUUCAGCUACCCCCGGAAGAACAUAUCAUGCGACGACACACAAAGUUUCAGAAAGUGUAUUCUCAGCAGCCGUGGGAGUUGGAGUUGGUGGGUACACUUGGGGUGCACCUACUCCACCACCAGGUUCACCCUACAGUCCUGUACCGGGAGUAACUCAACUGGAAUUGCUGGCAAAAAAUCUGGCGAGUCUUGCGCCUCAUCAUCCCCAGCAGCCGCUUACUCUCCAGGGUGUGGGGGUCAAUGUUGGAGCCAGUGUCCACCAUGCUCAGCAUACUCAACAUACUCUAAAUCUCGCUGGACUUCAUCAUCUUCAUCACGGUGAGUCGAUGGUGACGAGUACAUCGACGACCUCGUUUACGUCAAAAUUUAUUGACGAACGUAUAUUAACACUCGGUGGUCUUCAUCAGGGAACUUUUUCACCCCAACUUUCCCUCGUAACUGCGGGUACACCAACGCUAACCAUAAACAGUUUUUCUUCACCAAACACCCAAGCGAGCGUUGUGCCAACAAACGGUGGACUAUUAGUCCAAGAGUACCAGCCUGGGGAGCCAAAUAAUCAAAUAGCUGUUUGUCCAUCAUCGACUAGCGGAUCAUCAUCAAUACCAACAGCUACAGCUGCUUGUACAGUCAGCACCGUAAUAGUCCAAGGUGCUCAAACUGGCAGUACUUUUGUACAGAGUACCAUGAAAAAACGUGAAUCAUUUGUUACUGCUCAGGCUGCUGCCCAAACAUCAAUAAAACUUGAGAAUAAAACAACACGGCAGUCUUGUAUUUGUAAAAGCACCAACGUCAACAGUAGUGGCAAAACAAAAGUUGUCCAUUCAGAGGCGGGAUGCAGCCGGACUUUACCAGUCGUCUCAUCCUGGAACGGUCAAGACACAUCGUCCUGCGCGAAUACCUUCAACCAGAGUGCCGCGACUAAUCUCAUCAAGCGAGAACCUCUUGCUGCGGUGCCAUGUCAAGUAGCCGAAGUAUCAACGUCUCUUCACGCUACGACUACGGCUGUUAAAAUUGAACCGCUUCCACCUAAAUCUGAGAAUGGAAUAGUUGUGUCUACUGCUGCAGCCAGUGGCAUUCCUGUGGGUAUUGCUGUUGCUCGCCAGAGGUUACAACAUCAUCAGGAAACAUCGUCUACGUCCAUGCGAAAUGUCUCUCUGAGUCAUCAUACUUCCCAUCAUGCCAGCUAUCACCACUUUCAGCCGGACAAUCUUGGUUCGACCACGGCCAUGGCGAUGGGCGGCGCAACUCUCGUACAUUGUGGCACUGGUGGGGAAGAUCGUCCUGCCCAUCUCGCCAUUCCCUCGGGUGCUGCUUUAGCACCCUCUCUCAGUGCUACCCUAAAUUCGGGCCUCAGCAACAUUGGACCAAGUGCGCCGGGCACAUGGCCUCCAACAUUAUGGCAAUACCCCACUACAGCAGCAAUGCCUUCUUUGGAACCCGUUGGAUUUCCACAGCUUGGUGUUGGUUUACAAGGUGGCCUUCAAUUGGUUCGAGAUCCGACAACUGGUCAUCUUUUACUCAUCCAUGCAGCCGGUAUGAUUUCUAAACAACCAGAACAAAUGCAACAGGCAGUGGUUUGGCCAAACUAUCCAUCAGUCCAUAGUGCUCCAAAUAUCGGUGCUCCACCGUUAUUAUUACCAGGGCCUACAACUCCACCAUCACUUCAAUUACUCAGUGAUAUCAAUGGUGCUAGACUUGUAUUAACAGAGAACAAACGGAAGCAGCAAAAUAAUGUUCCUAUUGUUAAAAUUGAAGCUGAUUGUGCCACUCCAAAUACUACUAUUAUCGCUUCCGCAGAAUCGAGUAAAGCAUUACAAACGGUAACAACAAUGACAGGUUCAUUGGUAACAGAUACUCCACUUCUAACAACGUUACACUAUUAUCCUCAUGCUCCGGCUCUUGUACAAAUCAGUCAGUCUGAAUCAAUGCAAUGUCGAACGCAGCAACGGAAUACAUUUAUCUCAAAGGCAACGUCACCAGUGUCAUGUUUAACACCCCCACCGGAAGUGAUGCCAGCUCACGCGAUCGAGACACUUGAUAAUGUGCUAAAUGUCCAAGACGCUUCGAAUCAAACCGACGCUCCUGAUACUGAAGACGACCAUCCUUCAAUUGAAAUUGACGGAUUGCCAAUCAAACAAGAGCAAGUAUUUUCCUCGUGUCAUCAAACGCCAGGAAAUUUUACAAUUUUUGACGUGGUCUCAUCAAGCAUUGAACGACCGCAGCUCAAUAGCGUCAACGACUCAGCUUCAAAUGUACAUAAAAAACCGGCAAAAGCUGACAAAGCCUCGAUCGCACCUUUGUCCAACGAUUUACUCAAGACUGAGGCGAUCAGUUCAAUUGACCAGGCGAUAGAUAGUGUAGUCUGCAAAUCAACAGAAGAAGAUGACGAAGUGUUCGACUCAGCAGCUGAUGAAGCCGUAAUUGAAGAAAGGAUACGCCGACGUCCCUCACGAGUAAUUGAGAUAACAGAAGAAAACUGUGACAGUUUCCAUGAAAAUUUAGAGUUUUUCGGGCGGCGCAAAGAUCCCGUUGAGUUGCAUCGCAAGCCUCAGUAUUCUGAGGAAAUGUUCAAUAAAGAAAAGUUGCGCUGUGAGGAAUUGAGUAUCAAUGAGAACGUCGACGUAACUGAUGAUGCAAAUGCUGAUAAAGAUUAUCAGCAGCCAGUGUCAUCAACACUCGUAAUUUCAGAGCAGACUGAAGAUAUUGAGGAUGUAAACAAAAAUGUCAAAAUACCCAGCAGUUCUUCCAUUGAAUUAUUGCAGUCUUCAGAUCAAGUCGACUCAAGUUGUUCGCCUUGUGAAAAAAUCAUCGAUGACCCUCCGAUCAGCGGCAAAUCUCUGGACAUGCCUUCGAUUGAUUGCGAUGAUGAAGUUAAUCAACACGUUAAUGUAAAAGUAAAACAAGAAUCAGUAAAGUCAAAUAAUUAUGACGAAUGUCCAGUAGUUGAUAAUAAGCAAAGUCUUCCUGAUAAAUUAAAUCGUGAUAAAAAAAAUAAUAAUGAUAAAUUUCACGCGGGCAUUGAAAAUGUUGUAGAAAAGUUGAAAAAAAAUGCAGCAGCUGCUCAACAAGAUUCUUCGUUAACUUUUAAAUCAAAUGAUAAAGAACAAAUAGAUGAUAAUUUUAAUAGUUUAGUGGCCACCACCACAGCAGCGACACCAACUACAACAACAGCGACACCUGUAGUGCGAUCAGUCGGUCGUUGCCUGCCCCGUACACUAAACAACGGGUUAAAAAAACAUAUUUUACGAUUUUACGAAACCGAAUCAUUAAUUUCGGAAAAUGUAAAUAGUAACUCAAUAAAAAAUGAUGAUAUUGAUGAUAAAAAUAAUGAUAUCUUUAAAGAAGAUGCGCUUUUAUCAAAUAACAAUAAUGAUAAAUUAUCGCAAGUUGUAAAUCCGACAGUAAUAUCAGAAAAAAUAAAAAAUUUGUCAUCAAAACUAGAUACUGAUGGUGAAAGUUCUGAUGAUGAUUUAUCAUGUAAAUUAAAUAUUAAAUCAUCAGCUGAUCGUUUAAAAAAUUUACAAACUCUUCAGCAGUAUAAAAACAAUCAAACGGGAAAAAUAAAAUCAAAUGUUGAUCUCAGUGGUCUUGAGUUGUUAUCAAACAGUAUUGCGCAAUUAGAGCAUUUGAAACCAGAUGCUAUUGACAAUACAAGUAGUUCUGACAUUGAAAAUUCACCAGUGAAACAAAAAGUUAAAGGAUCUCAAGAAAAUAAUAAUAAUGUCGAUAGUCCUCUAGGUUUACUCUGUGCGCUAGCCGAGCAGCGUUUUAUGGAAGAAGUCGGUGACGAUGUACCCAAAGGGGUAAAUAGUGACAACGCUGACAUUUCUCAUGCUGGCGUUCUAUUAAUAAAUCUCGGUAAAGUUACGGGUAGUAAUGAUAAUAAUAAUGAUAAGGAUAAGGAUAAUGAUAAAGACAAUGAUAGUAAAUUAAAAUGUGAGAAACGCCGUCACUCCGUUGAUGACACGUACGCCAUUAAUUUAAAGAAAACACGCAAAGAUUUAUUUUAUUCAUUUGAAAAUAAUGACGAUGCAAAUGAUGAUUUAAUUAAAAAUAAAUAUUCUGAUAAUUAUGAAGAAGCUGAUGAUGCUGAUGAUGAUUGCACUGAUUCUGACAAUGAUGAGACCAAAACACUGGGAAAUAAUGACAAAGAUGAUGGUAAUUUGAGUCCAGUAGAGUUCAGUAUGAGGGAGAGACUCGCGGAUAUUAAGAAGAAAUACAAAGAAAAACAAAAUGAAUUGACGUUGCCUCUGGAUCAAGAUUUAAAAUCUUCUCUGGAUAAUUUUGAUGGUAAAUUGAAACAAUACGACGACAUUCCAUCGCACAGUGACAGUAUAUCGAGUUCGAGGUUCAAUAAAAAUUUGACGAAACUUGCAGAGCCUAGGAGUCACAUUAAAUUAUUGGACAGCAUUCCCAGUAUAUCGAUACCUGUACCAGUUCCUGAAUCGUCACCGGUUAAUAAAAUUGUUUCAGAACCAGAAGAUGAUGACAAUAAAAAUCCAGCUGUUGAUUACGACACAUCUUCUUCGUCGCCGACGGUCAGGAGCUCGAGUUCCGCGAAGAAACGUAAAGUUGGACGGCCGAAAAAAUUAAUGUGCACGUCGACGAGUGCUCGUCAUUUAACUGAAACAAUUGUUGCUAAAAAAUCGCGAAGCAAAAGCUCGCUUGUCAGUUGUUUGAUUAAUUCGAAAAACAGGCAUUCAAAUAAAUUAAAUGGUAAGACAACAUGUGGGUUAAAUUCUAAAAAUAAAAUAAAUCAGACGAAAAUGAAGCCUAUUAAACAAACGCCUUUGCAUAAUAAAAAUGUUAUUUGUUCUAUAAUUGCUGAGAAAGCCAAGUUAAGUCAGGAUGCUAAAUUAGAAAAACAGAUUAUUAAAUUGAAGCCGAAAUUUAAAAAUCAUGGUAAAGUAAAAGACUGGAAUGAUGAUAAAAUAGAAUGGGAUUAUUCUGGUGAGAAAAUAUCAUCGGAAAUUGAUACUGUUGUUGAUAAACCCGAGUUGGAAAUAAAUGACCAAGUGGCUGAUAAAUUUCCUCAUGUUUAUACUGAGGAACAAUCGAUUAUUAAAGACAAUGAUAUCGAUGACGACAAUGAUAAGAAAGAUGAGUUUGAACAUCACGAAAAAUCAAAGAAGAAAAAACGUAAAUCGUCAUCUUCAUCGCCGAUGAGACGUAAAUCAAGUGAACAUGAUAAAAAAGAAUCUAAACGUAGAAAAUCAUCGGAUUGUAAAGAAUGCAAAGAAUGCGCCAAAGCAGCCAAAGCUGAAAAAGUUGAAAGCAUUGCAAAUAAAUGCAAGCUCGUGUCCGCGCACUUGGAAAUCGAUCAGCUGAGAGUUUUGACGGCAAUGGGAGGGCUAUUUUACGCUGGACGACUAAGUGCUGUCCAGGCCCCAGACAUUUACGCGAUAACGUUAGAUGGGGAGAGAGGCAACAGACCUCACAUCCAUUCACGUGAGGAAAUUUUACGGGACGCAAUUGUCGAAAUUUGUCCUACGUCUACUAAAGAAUUGCUGCCGGGUACAAGACUCUGCGCUUACUGGAGCCAACAGUACCGAUGUCUCUAUCCCGGUACUUCCGUUGAAUCUUCGGAGCCGGAUUCAGAUCUUGAUGAUAAAUUCGUAAGUGUUGAAUUUGAUGACGGCGAUAGUGGUAGGAUUGCGUUAGAUGAUAUUAGGCUACUGCUUCCUGACUACCCGGUCGUCGAGUAUGAUCCGAAUCCACUGUUGACGUUGGGUAAAAAACGCAGACUUACUUCGAUGUCUGAUGACAAACGUUCGGACCAGUCUGUGUCAGCAGUGACAUCGAGUUUGGUCGAUAAUGAUAAGAUGGAGAGCGAAAAUAAUACUAAAGAGUUUGAUGAAAAGAGCGCUAAUGAAUAUAGAGAGCGUAAAAAAUUGAAAAAGCGACGACGCGAUAAACUCAAGAGACUUGAACAACUUCAGGAUGGUAAGAAGAGACACAAAAGACACAAGUGCUGUGAAGAACAUCGAAAGCACAAGCACAGAAAACAUCGCAAGCAUAAACACAAACAUGCUCAUCAUUCAAGUCACAAUGAAAGCAGUCACUUUAGUGGCGGGGAAAGUUGCUCUGGUUUGAGGACCGAUGAAGAAGAGGAUGAAGAAGACAAAGAUAAAAAUGUAGAUGGAGGCAGAGAUGAGAAUGAGGAUGCUACCAAUGGAGUCAUUGGUGGUGGCAAAGAUUUUAUUAAUGAAGAAUCGGAGGUUGAAAAUGAAAUAGUCCAGGUGCAGGAUGUUGUUGAUGAAGAACCUGCGGUUGAGGAGAAAAAUGACAAGACGAAAAAGUCUGAUAAAAAGACCAAGGCGAGAGAAAGACAAGAGUCGGUUGAGAGUAGAAGUAAAAUGGCAGCUUUCUUGCCAGCAAGGCAGCUGUGGGGGUGGGCUGGCAAAGGCUACAGAAGACCUGGAGCUAAAGGUAGAGCUAAGAAACAAUUUUUCAAGGCUAUACAACGAGGAACUGAGACGAUACAAAUUGGAGAUAGUGCCGUUUUUCUUUCGACUGGUCGACCGGAUCGGCCCUACAUUGGAAAGAUUGAAUCGAUGUGGGAGACCACUAGUUCGAAUAUGAUUGUCAAAGUCAAAUGGUUUUACCAUCCAGAGGAAACUGUUGGCUGUCCGGCGAAUUUGAAGUAUCCGGGCGCGUUGUUCGAAUCGCCACACAUGGAUGAAAAUGACGUGCAGACAAUAUCUCACAAAUGUGAGGUACUUCCACUACAAGAUUACACAACCAAGUUGGGCAAAGAACCCCAUCGAUAUCUCACCAUUUACGAUAACAACGACAUUUACUAUCUCGCGGGAUACUACGAUCCUACGACAUAUCUACUGACUCUGCAGCCUGGCGUUGCUUAAAAAAAAUAUUAUAAAUAAUUUAUCUAAUUAACAUUUACUUAAUUAUAAUUAUAAUUACAAUUACAACUAUUUCAAUAAUAUUUUAUAAUAAUAACUGAUAAAAAAAAAUAAUUGAUUAGUUCCGCAGUUAACUCUUACGGCGACUUGCAUUGAUAAGUCGAGUCAAUGCAAUUUAAAUGCAAUAAUUAAAAACUAUCGGCUAAUUAAAUAUAAUAAAUUACUAUUUUAUUAUUAUUAUUAUUAAUUAUCAUUAAUAAUAGUCAUUAAUAUGUAAAUAAUGUAUAUAUUUUUUUAAUACUAUCCAUUGCUUAUCGCACUAGGUCCAUAAUAUUUCCAUAGACUUAUUAAAAAAUAAACUUUACAAUUAACAGUAAAUAUAUUAAAUAAAAAAAAUAAAAUAAAAAGACACCUGAAAUACUAAUAAGUGAUAUUAAGAUAUGCGGUGCUACGUAAUCAAUCACAUUUAAUUGCUGUUUAUAUUAAUAUACUAAAUAUGAGAUGCACUAUCACGUUUACAUAAAUUUAAAUUUAAUUGUUUUUUUUUUGUUGUUAUCACUGCGAAAAAAAAAUUUUUAUUAAUUCUUUUUAAUAAUUACAUGGAUUUUUAAUUAAACCCAUGUAAAAUGUGCAACAUAUAUAUAUGAAUAAUUAGAAUAAUUUUUUUAUAAAUAAUUUUUGUAUAGUAAAAUUAAAAGAGAAAAUUUUUAAUGUCAAGUUUGGUUUCUUUUUUUUUUUUAAUUAAUUAAUUUUUGAAAAUAAUUAUAUUGAGUACCGAUUCGAUAAUUGUAUAGUGUAGAUUAAAAUAGUUAUGGCUAAUUGGCAAAAUAACUAAAUAAAUUUAUGGGAAAUACAAUUUAGUACAAAUUUAAAAAAAAAAAAAAAUACAAUAAUU